AUAUUCGCUCGUAGAUGCCCCACUUUCUUCCCAGGGUUGCCUUUCUGGGAAUUCUGUGACUCCAUUCCCUCUGUUGUCCCCCUCGCCCUCUCUCUUUUUUCUUCUUCCUCUUCCUCUUCCUCUUUCUUCUCUUCUCCUCUUCACACCAGUCAGGUACUCAUUAUCAUCUUCUUUCAAGAUCCCGCUGCAGCUUCAAGCUGUUUUUUCAUCUUUCUUUAUCUCUCCUCUUUUCUCUCGUCAGCUUCAAAAUGACGACUUUGUUUGAGCAGCAGCUCUUGUUUGGGCGUAUGUACCCAGAGGACUUAGAGCCAGAGGCCUCCAAUAUCCUUGCCGACUUCUUCAUCGCCGAUCUCAAGGCAGGGCCCGCCGUCUUCUUCGCGGCGUUGGUCCUCCUCGGCGCCGUGGCGGGAUAUUGGGGUGACCUCGCCCCAUGGCUCUCGGUCACUGGGUCGUCGCUCGCCCUCUCUCUUCAAGCCGUGUUGACCGGUGUUGCCUCGCUGCUUCGGCAGCUGUUAGCCGUUCGUUCGUGGCAGGGUCUCCAAACCAUGCUUCUUGACGUCAAGGGACGACUUACUAGGCCGAUUCUCCAUAGUCGAUUGGUUUGCUUCGUUGCCUUCGUGUUUGAUUGGGUCUUUCCUUUCAACAGCCCGAUGACAACGGUGGCUAUUGUCAGUGGUGCUUUCAUCUGUGGGACAUCCAUGUACUUCGGUUUCCUGCUCCCUGUCUCUUGGUACCUGUACGGUGCAUCCGCGGGUCUGAGAACAGCGAGUGUGGAGAUGUCCCCGGCCUGCUGGCACGCUCUCCGCCGCUUCGAUUUGGGAUACCGUCAAGACCGCAGCCAAUGGUUGGAAACCGCCUACUGCUUCGGCGAAGAGACGGCUUUGCAAGUGCGCGCGAUUGCCUAUGACGACUGGCAGCACUUUUUCGAUGGUGAAGUUCACCACUGUCUCGUCCUCGCUUUCGUCGCCUCCACGAUUCUUCUCGCUCUGCUAGGGGCGUGGUCGUGGGACCACUUCCAGCAAACCGUCGCCAAAACGACCGACAACAACACCAACAGCAACACCCUGAUCCCCGCCCAGGAGCCCGAGGUUGCUCUCUGGAAGAUUCUUGAGCCCUACCAGGCCGAGAUCGACCAGAUCAAAGCACACCUGGCCACGACAAUCAACGAGCUCGAGCGAAUCCGGCAACACCGUGACGAGGGCUGGGCUUGGGUUGAAAGACUCAAAUCCGAUUAUGCCCAACUCUCGCAGAUUCGGUCCGAUGAUACUGAAACCAUCUUCGCUCUCCGGAGGGAGGUGAUUCAGAUCGGAGGGCAGCUCCGAGUGGCCAGCGAGUGUGAGCGAUCCCUUUCUGUCAAGACAGCCAAGCUAGAACGUCAGCUAGCCGAAAGGGACCUGGUGGAGGGAGCUUCGCAGGGCGCAACCGAGGCGCUCAGCUCCCGUAUCCAGCUUCUCAAUGACGAGCUCGUCGCUCUCCGAGACCUUCUUGCUUCGGCAGAGUCUCGGAAGCAGCUUGUCGAAGCGGACCGCCAGAAUCUCGCGCUCCGAAACUCCAAGCUUGCCGACCAAAACAAGGAGGUAAUCGGCAAGUACGCGGAACUCAAGGCGUCGCACGACCGACUGGUCGUUCUCGCGACGCAGAACGAAGAAACCAACGCCAGGUACGAAGUAUUGAAAGCCUCGUACGACCAAUCUCUCGAACGUUUGCGCCAAACCGACAAUGAGCGACACCAGCUCGCUCUCCGCAAUCGAGAGAUCUCCUCCGAGUGUGAUGCGCUCCGAAUCUCGCAUGAGCAGCAAAUCACCGCCAAAGCUGCGCAAUACGCGGCGCUGCGAGCCUCGCACGACCGAGUGCGCGAACAGGCCCUCGUCCGCGAGCAGGCGGACAUCACACGGGAGUACGAGAGCCUACAGGCUUCGACCGGCCAACUCCCUCAUCUUCACGUCGCUUUAUCGACACUCCAGCAGGAGCGGGAUGAGGCCAUUGCACAGGUUAUGAGCCUUCAACAGCAAUUGGACGCCACCACAUCGGCGACGGAUGAGGCCUUGGGGGAAGCCCAGCAGUCUGUUGCACAGGCUCGGGUGACUGAAGGGGCCCUCCGUCAAACGGUGGACGGAACCCAGCGUGCCUUUGACGAGGAACGCGCUGCCGCGACCGAAGCUAGGACGCAAGUCUCAAGCCUCCGUGAGGAGGUGGAGGAUCUGCAGAGCAAAAUCGGCAUGGCCAUGCGGGAUGCGCAGCGGAGCCACGAGGAAGCGAUGGCUUACAAGAAUGCCAUUGGCAUUCUUGAACAUCGUCUGUCCAAGUGGGAGCUGAGGGACAGCGCUCAAGAGAUUCCCAAGCGGCAAACCGGCAACUUGGGGUCUAUCUCAACCGCCCUUCAACAGAAGGAGGUGCUUGUCGCCCAACAGCAGGGGGAGAUUAACGCCCUCAAGCUACAGCUCGCCCAGCCGGGCGCCGCCCAACCAUCCGACAACGCCGCGAUAAAAGCGAAUUUUGAGAAGCUUCGGACUGCCCUUGACAAGGAACGGAGAGCCCGAACGGAGGAUCAACUGCGGUGGGACAAACGGUGCCGUGAGCUGGAGGCUGACAACCAAAAGCUCCGGAUUUCCAUGUCCAACGCCGUCAGUCCCCGUCGACCGGUGCCCCGAAGUCCGCUUGCUCGUCCUUGAUUUCCUACGGGACUUGUUCUCCCACUGGUCCCGGCCUGGGGGAUUUACCUCUACGGCAACGGGUUCGUGGUUCUUGAGCAGUGUUUCUGAAUCGAGGCCAAAGUUUGCAUUACCGUGACGGGGUUUCGUUUUUUGCAGUGCUCGCAGGUGGGUGCGGCUUGGGGUCCCCUUUUUGGGACAUGUGAUACUGCAAUUGGUGGUGGGAGUUUGGUCUCCGGGAUUGGUUUUUUCGGGGGAUUUGGGGUGUCGUGUUUCCGAAUCACAUCGUAGGUGGUGGGUUGUGGCUUUGGGUCCCGUAUG